AUGCCUGAAGCAAAAAGACAAGAUGCCCAGCCCGGUGAAACUGCAUCGAGUGUGUUGAUCAAAGGGCCUCAAGGUAUACCGUUUGUCCCAAUUGAUGCAUAUAAACAGCAUGGUAUUAUUAAUACAAAGAUAUGUUACACUGACAAAAUUAUUGGGGCUUUAGUCAUCCCAGCACAAUUUGCGGCAAUGUGUCAGCCUUUAAUCGAAGAAUAUCUGAACAGCGAUUCGUUUCUAAACGAAAUAUCUGAAGGCUUACUAGCCGAAUCUCUAAUAGAUCAAAUGGAUAAGAGAGCAUUUAUUCCAAAUAUUCAUCCGUUUAUUAUACAACUGCUGACGCUAGUUUUGUGCAAGAAUAGGCUGCUUUUUCAAUUGAGGGUAUUGUCUUUCCUUUGUUCUUGUUGGACAUUAACUAUGUUAUACUUUAUCACUAGAAAAUUGAAUAUCAACAAAUUAAUCUCUGUCUCAGUGCUCUCAAUCUACAUGUCGUUAGAUAUUGUGCAGGAGUCUGCCAUAUCAAACCUUACCGACAACAUACAACUGGCAUCUAUUAUGACAUUGUUCUUCUUGUGGGAAUCUUAUAAGUAUAAUGUCCAAAAUAAGAUAACUUGUUCCAGGAUGUUGUUUGUUUCUAUCCCAGCAAUCAUUUUAGUGGGAACUAAAUAUCUUGGUUCUACCAUGUCUUGGCUAUUCUUUGUUUUAAUAGUGGUAUACCAUUUAUGGCAGAAUAUUUUACCAGAUGUGAAGAAUUUCAAAUAUCUAAAGAACUUUUUUGGACUUUUCAAGCUAUUACUAAUUAGCAUGACCUUCAUACCUUUUGGGGUUCUAACUUGUUCUUACUUGCUACAAGAUUAUUCCAUGAUAUACCUAUAUGACAAUAGCAAUUACCAUGUCAGAAGUUUCAUGCCUAUAGAAUACAAAAAACUAGUCCCUACUUUUGAUAAUUAUAAUUCAGAUGAAAUUAUUUUCAAAAAGAGUACAGUUCGCAUUAGACAUGUGGAAUCUUUAGGUGGGUAUUUGAGUACGUUACCGAAUGUUAAUUAUAUGUCGGGUUCCUUUGAACAGAUAGCAUUUUUGUCACAAUUUGAAGAUUCCGAACUAAAUAACUGGAUAAUUGAACCGAGCACAGAAGCUCAAAACAAUAAAGAGGUCAGAAGUGGAAGUAGAAUACGACUGAGGAAUGUUGUCACCGGUAAAUUGCUUAGGGCAUCAUCUUCUAGGCCACCGAUGUCUGAUCAAGAAUAUAAUAGCGAGGUAUCUUUGACAGGUAGUGCCAAUUUUUCAGGUGAUGCGGAUGAAACCUGGUUAAUCGAUCAGAAGUAUGUCAUUGGUAAGGCAAUACCUUUCAAUAAAAUGGGACUUCCUCCAUCUGAAAAUAUCAAUGCUCUGAUAAAUACCAACUCAGUAUUUACAUUAAGAAAUGAUGGUCAUGGGUGUAUGCUUUUAUCGCAUGAUACCGAUUUGCCAGAUGAUUGGGAUUCGAUGAGUAGUUUUAAGCCCGAAUUUCAUAGACAGGAGCUGACAUGCAACACAACGCCAACGAAGAAAUUAACUUAUUUUAUGUUUGAGUCUGUAGUUGAUCAAACCAAUGACACCGCAUCUAGAGCCCCUUUAACAAUACAUGACAAGCUCAAAGAAGUAUUCAAAUUAAUACCCUCCAUGCUCAAGACAAACUAUAAAUUUAAUUACUACAUAAGAAACAGCCAAUUCCUAAAAGGUCGGAGAGAAGAAGAUGACGAAAUCGACAUGCAAUAUAACUUGCAGAAAUUUCAAAAUAGAGUGCCACCAGAGAAAUGGGCCACUUGGAGACCGGUUUCAUUAAUUACAAAGAAGCCAAGUUCAGUUUAUAUCGUCUCCAUUAUAGUUCUAGUCCUAUACGUGCUAUUCGAGAUAACUAACCUGUUAAUAUCUUGGAAUCCACUUUCUUUUGACACGCCAUCUUUAAUGGUCCACAAACGCUUACUUGGUAAAAUCAGUGAUGAAUGGAUGCUACAGAGAAUGAUGAGUGAUGAUUUCCUUUUAGAGUGCUUUUUGGGUUGGAUUACUCAUUACUACAUUUUUACUAGAACUCCUCAUCAAAACUUGGAUAUCGUCUUGUAUUUGCCUAGUCUGCUGUUCAACUUGUUAUUUGUCAUUACCAUCUUCGAUACUUUAACGAAAUCUAACAAAAUGUGGUUCAGCCUGUUGCCUAUCUAUAUCGCUUUGGCUAUCUGA